CCACAGAUAUAAUAUUCUGUGCAGGGAUGAGGGACAAUGAGGAGGUAUUGAAAAUAUAGUUUUAUCAUAAUCUACACACUGUUUCAUCAGAGAAAGGCUCAAAGCCUCAUGGCAGGACUCUGAAUCGACAGUCAUGAAAUACUGUAUCUCCAAAGAACUGUAAGAUGCCAGCAUCACCCAUGCAUUACAGCCUAGUUCAGAACUGAUCUGCGAAGCAAAUAUCCAACUUCCUGCUCGGGCAUCACGUGAGCAUGUUGCAAGAUGGCGCCGCCCAGGGAGCUAUGGCCGCUGUUGCUGUUGGCUCCGUUUCUCUGUCCUUGUUUCAUAAACGUCGCUUCUGUUGACAUCGGAAAAUGCGAGGAGCUACGACUCGGGCAAUAUAUCUGUGAUACUCCCAAGAUAAAUGAUAUAACACAAGAACCAGAAAAUUGCACAAAUAAUACUGCCUUUGUUCCCUGUAUGCCAGCACCCAACAUCACCUGCAAAAAUGAUAGUGGGAUUGUUAACUCUUUCAAUGGAAAGGAAGUUGGUUUCUAUAAGCCUUUUCCAUGUCGAAAUGUGACUGGUUAUUCAUAUAAAGUGGCUGUGGCUCUUUCUUUAUUUCUUGGAUGGCUGGGAGCAGACAGAUUCUACUUGGGAUAUCCAGCUUUGGGUUUGUUAAAAUUCUGUACUGUUGGAUUUUGUGGAAUUGGCAGUCUUAUUGACUUUGUUUUCAUCUCUGUACAGAUUGUUGGCCCUGCAGAUGGCUCGAAUUACAUCAUAGAUUACUAUGGAGCGAGACUUACCAGAUUAACAAUAGACAAUGAUACAUAUCGAAAGAGACAAACUGAUAUGUGAGCCUGAAGUGUCCAAUUCUGGUGCUGCCUGACCUUACAAGAUUUCCAAUAUUUUAUGUUUUUAUUUAUGUUCUAACCUAGUGCUAUCCAAUUGCUCCUCUUCAUCAUGUACGCCAAAAAUUAUAAACUCCCAGUUCAAGCAAUAAAUAAUGUCUGGAAAGUGAAAUAAUACGAAGACUUUUACAAAUCAUUCAGUUUUCAUAUUUUUCUGAAUAAUUGCUGUGGGUUUAACUCUGGUGUCAAGGAUUAUAUUCUUAGUUUUUUAUGCUCUCUGAGCAACUCGUCAAUAAUUGUUUUACCUUAAUAUAAAAUUAAUGUGUUUAAUGACAGUAAGAGUUCAAAGCACUUUAAAACUAAUCUGUUUCCUCCUCCCACUUUGAGCACCAUUCAUAGAUGUUAAAAUUUUAGUCACUUAUGUUCAACCAAUAUAUCCUUUUCAUUUUAUGAAUACUACUAUUUGGCCGAUAAAAUGGAUUGAUAAUUUCUCCAUCCAGUGAUUUCUGCCGCAACACUUAUAAAUAUUUAUGUUAGGUUAAAUGAUGUAAUGGUGAGAACAAAGAGGUGAAGUUCCCAUGUAGACAAAUGUGCUGGAGAAACUCAGCGGGUGCAGCAGCAUCUAUGGAGCAAAGAAAAUAGGCAACGUUUUGGGCGUAACCCUUUUCAGACUGAUGUAGGGUGGGGGGAGUGAGGGGGGGGGGGGGUGGAGAAAGGAAGAGGAGGAGCCAGAGGGCUGAGGGAGAGCUGAGCAGGGGAGGAGACAGCAAGGGCUACUAGAAAAUGGAGAAGUCAAUGUUCAUGCCGCUUGGCAUGAAGUUCCCAUGUGUCUGGUCUCCCAAUAUAAAUCGAGGAGGACUGACCUGUUAUAUGCUUGCUCAGUAUGGAGGCAGAUAGAAAAUUAUUGUCAGGGCUGUUUUUUAUUUAUGGCAACAUAUUGAUAAUUGUAAGGGGUGCAUGCUGUCUAUAUCAUUGUUGGCACUAAAGUCAUACUAAAAUGAAUCACAUUAACCAUGACAAUAUCGGAUGCAAAUAACGUUUUUCACUGUACACAUGAUAAAAAUAUACCAUUCCCCACCAAUGGCACUUUCUAUACAAAUAAACAUUUCCUGUACAUGUACCUCACCAAAUGUUUUUUAAUUAUUGUUAUUGUACACUUCCUCUGACAACUCAUUCCAUCAUUAGGUUGUUUCUUAAGAUAGGAAUUAUAAAUUAUCACACAACUGGCUUUAUUUAGUUCAGUUGAUAGUUCUUGUUAUGGAUAGAAAAUAUUUUUAUGAUACAGGUAGUAAAUGGCAGGAAGUGAAAGUAUCGCAUGCUAAUGCACAGAAACUUUCUCUUCAGGUUUCAGUUACAUCAGUUAAGCAAGUCUUAGAUGAAUCAGCAGAGGGCACUCACAAACUGUUCACAGGACUUAUUGUAAGAAUGAAGAAUUCUUCCACGAAUUCAGUCUUCAGCUUUAUGCCAAUGUUUUAAUUUUAAUUCUGUUAUUCUAAUUUUCACAAAUAUCUUCUUUUUUGAAUUAAACCUUUAUUAAAACUGAAAACUACUGCCAGGGAGAGAGGUUAUGGCUGUGCUGAGGCCUGGGCCUUAUUUGAAUCUGUUUGAUAAGCUGCAGAUGUCAAAUGGGCAUCCUGAGACAGCUUUCCAGUACUGAGCAUAGCAAUGCUGGCUGGACAGAGCGUAGUAGCAGCUGCAGGAUGGAUGCAAUGAUCAGAAAGUAUCAAAAUGAUGCUUUGGUUAAGUUACCCUUGUUGCAAUCCCGGGGCCUAGACUAACAGUACAGAGAGCCAACUUCAAAUCUCACCACAACAGCUGUGGAUUUAAAUUCAGUGCAUAAACUGAACUUUGCAACAAUAACCAGUCUUGGUAAUUAUGACCACAGAACUACUGGAUUGUCAUAAAAAUCCAUGUGGUUCACUAAUGUCCUUUAAGGGAGUAAAUCUGUCAGGUCUGACCUGUAUGUGACUCGGGCCCUCCUCAAUGACUCUUAAAAACACUCUCAAGUCUCUCAUUUGUAACCACCUUCUCAAGAGACAUUGAGGGCUGGGCAAUAAAAGGUGCUUUUGCCUGCAAUUCCCCAAAUUCUGAAAAUUGAAUAAAAAAAGGAAUAAGGGAUUGUUUGGAUUGGCCGCACAUGCAGUAUUUCUGAGGGGCAUAGAAAAGUACUCAUGCCCCUCAGAGAAAUUAUAAUAAUUUGAUGCAGAUAUUCCACACCUUCUCUGCUUCAAAUUAGUAAUUCUAAACUUCAUCCAAAACUGACUAUGCAUUCAUUUGUGAAUAGGCAAUUCUAAGUAGGCCAUUAAAUAUGAAUUGAAAAAAGUAACAAUUCAGUUUAUAAAGUCCCUUUCAUAACCUAGGGCAUCUGAGCUGCUUUACAGGAAAGGAACUACUCUUGUUGCUGUAAUGUAGGGAACAUGUCACCCAGUUUGAGCACAGUGAGUUGCUAUGAAUGGCUAGGACAUAAAUUACUAGUUCAUCAGUUUUGGUUGAAUAGUGCAGUUGGAUCUUUAGCCUCCUGGAAGUGCAAAUGGGGCUUUGUUUUUAUAUAUCUUCCGAAAAAUGGUACCUUCCGCUGUGCUGCAAUUCCUCAAUGACGCUGUAUCGUACCACUUGACACUUUAACUUUUUAAUCAAUGUUGAGAAUUUUGAAGCAUUCCAAUGAUAUCCCUACUAUAAAAUUUUUAUGCUAAAAAUCUGACUGCCACCUUUUUCUUUUUUUUUUACUUUGCAGCACGUAUGAUAUAUGCUUAUUUCAGUAAAUAGAUUUCUAAUUUUGAAUGUGACUAGAAUUUAAGAUGAAAGAUAAUUUAGUGAAAGGAAGCUUUUUAUGUAAUAUGUCUUGCAUUCCUCAAACCAUACGCCCUCCUCCACCAACCACAUCAGAUUCUUUCUUUCGUUUUAAAUAGAUCCCUCUGAGGAAAACCAUCCACAAAUAUUCAAACCAACAAAAAUCAAACUGGUCUGUUUCCAAAAUAGAUGCUACUAAAAUGAGCACAAUUUGGCAUUAAUCCCAGAGCAAAUAUAUAACAGUGAAGCUAAGUGCUGAUGCUGGGACUGGUCAAAGUGCUCGUCUUGGUGUCUAGGACUAAUUGCAGCUAGAGGCAGACCCAUUCACCCUCGGGAAUUAAAUGUGUACAUUUUUCCUUGAAAGUGCUCUUUCAAUACAGAUGAUUUGCAGUAAAUAAUAAAAGGGCUGAACCAGUAUCUGGUGAGAACAUGUUUUAAUUUUAGUUUUGCUAAGUAUUAAUUAAAAAAAACAACAGUACUUUUAUGAUGUCUAUCCUUAAACGUUGCUGGUCCACGUUUAAUAGGUUUGGAAUUUAGCUUCAUUUUUCGCUCUCGUUGGGCGUAGGCGAGAGAAUAAGAAGAGAGUAAAAUGUUGCCUUGCAAAAAUUAGUAAAAGAGCUGGAGAGAAAAAAUAAAUAUUCACAUGCAAAAACGUAUUAAUUUUCUGAAUUCGUUUUUGGGAACCUGAAAAUGUGAAGAUAAGAGAUUUCAAAGCAACUUAUGAAAUGAAACUGGACUUGAAUUAAAGAGAAGUAAUCUUCAUAUUUAGGUUUAUUAUUGUCACGUGUACCGAAACCAGUAAAAAGCGUUUGUUGGCAUGCUAUUCAAUCAAAUCAGCUAAUACCAUACAUGAAUGCAGUCAAGCCAAAAGUAAGUACAACAGGUAGAGCAAAGAGAAAUAUAUCAGAGUGC